UAGUGCUUGGAGGAUGGGCGUGGCAGCUCAACACUCUAGCUCUGUGAACUGCAGCUUGAGCUGAGAAGAGCGUCCAUUCUGAGCUGUUGCAAUGUCUGACACAUUCUCUAUUUCUCUGACUGCUUUCGAUAGAGGCAAUGAUCGCAGACUGCACGUGAAGGCAGAUGGUAAGAGGUUUGGGGACAGCCAGACCAUCAAGAUUGGCUCAGAUGCAAAGUAUGACCUCACAGUCACUGUCAAGCCCAACAACCCAGAGCUCAAGCUAGGGCGUCUGGUGAUUGGAGGAGAUGAGAUGACUCCUGAUAGCAGCAGGGAGCAGGGUGACCACACUGAGUACACCUUCAGCUGGCUCACCAACGGCUUCAAACCCACACCCAAGGGAAGACGCAAUGAUCUUAGAGUCAUGUUCGAGUUUCCUCAUGCAGAAUUUGCUACCUCCUUCCAAGUAAAGUUCUAUCCUGAUACUAAGGGCUCCAACCUGACCUGGGGCACGGAGAUACGGAGGAUUGACCUAGAGGGGCGUGGCAUAGGGGGAGCCCCUCCAGACGGGGCCACACCCACUCAGAACUUAGCCCCAACUAAAGUGACUUUCAAAUAGUCUCAAACUAUUAGUCUAGUUAUUAUUGUGUUUAUUUUGUAUCAAUUGUUCACAAUUAUUAUAAUUCCACAUAAAAUAUUCUUUGUGCGUACAAAAUUAAUGAAGUGUAACAAGCAAAGUG